AUGUCAAAGGUUGAUAAGGUUGAUCAAAGAGUUGAGAAAUAUCUGGAGGAAGCUAGGUAUGAAAAAUGGGAUCGGUGUCACUCUCCUGUAAAUAGAGGUAGAAUGAUGACUUCACAUAUAGCCGAAUGUAUUAAUGGUUGUUUGGUUGAGGCUAGAAAACUUCCUAUUCUAGGUUUCCUUGAAGAAGUUAGAAUUUUAUUUGUUGCCUGGAAUUGUAAGAACAACGAAAUUGCAUCUUACACCAACACAACUCUUGGAAGAAAAUUUGAAGAAAUACUGACUCUUAAUGGUGUUAAAUCUUUGCGAAUGACGGUUAAACCAGCAGGGAGUUAUCUUUAUUGUGUCUAUGAUUCAGGAUGGAGGCACAUUGUAGAUAUUGAGCGUGGCACGUGCAAUUGUGGUCGGUAUCAAAUUGAUAAAAUACCUUGUCCACACGGAAUUUCCGUAUUAAAAAGUAAAAAUGUGGAUGUAAAGAAUUAUGGUCGUUAUUGCUCUAAAUUGUACAUGCCACAAACCAUAGUGAAGACAUAUGAACUUCUGAUAGUUCCAAUGCCAGACAAGAAGGAUUAG